UAUUCCAAAACAUGGGGACAUUCAAAAUCCAUCUUCUUCUCUUUUUCCUUAUGGCUGUGACAGUAAGUAGUACAUUACAAGGUGAUGUGUGUGCAUUGAUAAAUUGUGGGCAUGGGACAUGCAAGGCUUCUAAUGCUUCACUGCUUGGUUUUGAAUGUGAAUGUAAUUCUGGUUGGAAGAAGAUAGAGAUUGGCCCUUUGACCUUUCCCUCUUGCGUUAUUCCGAACUGCACAUUUGAUCUUGGAUGUGGCAAUGGAGCUUCACCUUCACCUGCAGCUUCUCAACCUCCACCGCUCAAUCUCUCAAACCCCUGUAACCUUGUUUGGUGUGGUGAUGGAACUUGUGUGGCUAAUGGAACUGGACACAUAUGCCAGUGCAACGAAGGUUCUUCAAAUCUCCUUAACGAGACAGACUUAGCUUGUAUUAAACAAUGCUCUUUCGGAGCUGAUUGCAUUGGUCUUCUGCCCGGCAUGUUACUAUCUCCACCUUCAGGGCAGCUACCACCGCCACCGCCACCGCCACCGCCACCUCCAACACCAGUGCCACCAACACCACCACCUAGCAGUUCAGCCUCGCCAAAAACUAACGACAGGGCCAGCAGGCUCGACCGGAUCAUCGAGUUCCUUGAGGAAUCUUUAUGCAUCAUCAAUGAUAUUGUUAGCAGCAACUUUGCUAACAUGGCUAUAGAGAAAAUAACAGAUGCUCAGCAUGAUCAAGAUAUUGUAUACGGAAAAAAUGACUGA